CUUCCGGUAUUUGCAAACGAUAAUGAUGCUACUAGGUAGUAUUUAAGCCGUUUUGAAUAAGUUGGCCAUUUUCUAAUGACAGGUGAAUGCCCUGUUUUGCAAGGAGGAACUCUAUAACAUAUACAUACGCGUCUAUGCUCUAUAAACUCUCCAGAGGUUCCUAUUGCUAGUAAUUUUUACAAUUUAUUAUUUGUUUAAUUAUUUCUGUUAAUAUAUCCAUUGUGUAACAAUGUAAAAGCUGACGGACAAAAAGAAAUGAAAAAAGAGAGCGAAGAAAAAAUAAGUGUUCUUCGUCUUUCACGGAAGCAGUACGGCGAGUCAAGCCUGCCCGGAAAUUCAAGAAGAAGAACACACGGACAUGGUUUAGAUAAACGUCUGCCUUUUUCAACAAGCUUCUAUCUACAAUGGACGAUCGUGUGUUAGACUUGACAGAGGCACAGACAGCUGUCAAAUCCAAAUACCCGCCGAUCAACAAGAAAUAUGAAUACCUGGAUCACACAGCAGAUGUACAAAUUCACUCUUGGGGAGACUCUUUAGAGGAAGCCUUUGAGCAGUGUGCCAUGGGCAUGUUCGGCUACAUGACGGACACAGAGACGGUGGAACCGAUAGAUACAGUUGAAGUGGAAUCGGAGGGUGAAGACAUGGAGUCGCUUCUCUUCCACUUCCUAGAUGAUUGGUUAUACAAGUUUAGCGCAGAUCUUUUCUUUAUUCCCAGGGAGGUCAAAGUUUUACAUAUUGACAGAAUGCGUUUCAAGAUUCGCUCCAUUGGGUGGGGCGAAGAAUUUUCUCUGGAAAAGCACCCACAGGGAACUGAGGUGAAAGCCAUCACAUAUUCAGCAAUGCAAAUCCACGAUAAAGAAAAACCAGAAAUAUUUGCCAUCAUUGAUAUCUGAUACAACUUUGAGAAGAAGCUCACACUCACUGGUUCAGUAAAAGUGGGAAGUCUACAUGACCAGUUUAAGUGGCCUUUUAAUUCAACGCACUGAUUUUUGACUACUACUGUCUUUUUUGGGGAAUGCAAGAUCAACUCUUUAUUUAAAUUUAAAAAAGAAUUUUAAAAUUAGCCUUACAUUUAAAUGAGACUUGUGGAGAUAUCAAUUAUUUGGAGGGAAAACACUGAAUUUGAACUGUGCACCUGAAGUCACAAUUACCAAAUUUAAGCUCAAAUUUUCAUUUUAGGAGAUUAUUACUCUUAUUUGUGAUCAUUUUGAAGGUGUGUUGAUGCAUUAUAUCUCAUUGUAAAUAAAUAAGCAAAUGUUUACCUUUGACAUAGAAUUGAGUCACCUGUUUUUCAACUUAAAAUCUCAGUUUUAAGUAUUUUAUAGAGGUGUUGCGAUUCAAUAGGACAGAGGUGCAAAAAGGUCAUCAUUUAUCCCCAUAUUUUAGCAAAGAAUAUCAAAUUGGAAAAAAUAUGCACAACUUACUGAGUUCAACACAGCAAAAUAUUCAAAAUGUACACUGCGUCUACUUUUUGAACUGUUUAAACCUGUUCAUACAUAUAUGAGCUGCAUUAAAUGUACAUGAGUGUACAUCAUAACACAUUUACGGAUUUUGAGCUAUUCAUUAUGCAACCUCAACUCCAUUUUUACACACCAAUUUAAAAUCACUGGUAUUUGAAAAUGCAUUAGGAGAUUUGUAGAGCUCGUCUUAUCACAUUAAACUUCCUAUUAAGCCACAUCUACUAAUCCCGGCUGGACUUUUUUAGCUGAGAGGCUGUCAGAAGAAUUAAAUAGGACCUGACCAGAAUGAUCAAAGCAAGGGCUGCACAGUGAAACAUCAAAUGUAAGAUGAGUGUAUUCUACAAAACACUUCCCUGCAUUAGACAUCAGGAUAUUCAUGCCUGGGCUUGUGUCUUAUUUUCAGAGAGUAACUGAACAAAGCUUUUCUAAGAAACGUCCAAAGCUUGUUUUCAAUAGAUAUCUCAGACAAAGCGGUAUAAUACCAGGAAGCUGCCUGUAUGAAUAACUGAAAGUACAGGCAGCAGUAUUCUAUGUAUAAGAGAAAUGUUUUGGUCAUUGACUAAAUACACAUACCAGGCAAAACAGAAUAGUGUUAAAACAGGAUGUUGUAUGUCCUGUAGUGCUUCAGAUAACUGAGAAAGAACAUUAUCUGCAUUGAUGUUAUAGCUGCUUCUUGCUGCAGUGCCCACUGAGCACCUCUGAAAAUUCAACCUGCACUGACUCAGUCAUGUGUGAUGUGUGAGCUGAUAGUUGAGAACUUAAAUCAUUACAAAUUAUGUUACAGAAAAAUAAGAAAGGAUUAGAACCGGACCAGAUUAUCCAAUUACCAUUCUGGGUACAGGCUCAGGAAUCUAUACUUGAGAGCUAACUAUCUGAUAUCUCUGUGUCCCCCCCCCCCCCAAAAAAAAACCCCAACAACAACAAAAACAAAAAAACAAGAGGAGAAUAUACAAAGCUCUUUACCAGAAAGCUAAGCUGAAAUAACUAGAGGUCAAAGUUACACAGGAAUUGGAAUUAAAUGCAACUAGAACAGAUGGAAAAAUGGGAGGAAUCAUUUCAAGCAGGACAUAAAUGAACAAAUAUCCAACAUGGAAGGAAUUUAAAAUGGGAAAUCAAAAUAAGAUGUUUUAAUUUGAUUUUUUUUCUUGUGAAAAAUAGUCUUUAACUAUACAAAUGAGGAAAGAGAAUAAUUUAUAUAUAGAUUUAUAUAUAAAGAUGUUUUAAGAGCUGUUUGAACCGAGAAAUAGAAUUGAGAAGUGUUUGGGGUAUGUAUAUGUUUAUUUGCACAUUGUUUAUAUUUGGUGACGUAUUAUGUGGAAGAAUAAAUGGAGGUUUAAAAAAGAGAAGAAAAAGAAAAACAACGCAGUGAAAGGAACAUUAAUAAAGCGUUUUAAAUAAUUAUUUGUAAAUUGUGUAAAAUCAUUCCUAUGACAGAUGAUUUACAAAUAUUCAAGUUCAUCAACUCAAGUAAGUGAAUAAGUAAAUAAACAGAUAUUUUUUUAUGUAUUUCAUUUUAUUUUUUGAGCUGCUUUGGCUUUUGGGUUUACAGUGCAGUGUCACACUGCAAUUAAUUUAACUUGCAUUGAAGACUUGUUCUGGGAAAUAACAUGAAAUAGUUUCAGAUAUAUGGUUUGACGUUUAUAUGCAGAGAUGUUUUCAGGAAGUACAAGCUCGUUCAUUUGAGAAUUGUGGGAAAUUGUUUGAGCAUUGUUUGUAAAUGGAGCUGGCCUUUGAAAACCCGUGUGGUCUGUUUUGAUGAUGUUCUGGACUGAUGCACUGGAUAGUUUGUAUGUAUUGAAUUUCAAAACUUUGUUGUGACAUUUUACAAUAACUUCUAUCGUAAUCCAGACUAUUGUAGAUGUGGGUAAAUGGUGUGUAGUGGUGUUUGCUGUUUGCUUGUGAGGACUGUCUGAACUAAUUUAUUUUCAAGUUUCUUUAUUUUUUAUCUGAAUACUAAUUUUAAAACUCAGAUUAAAGAACCCAAAGAUCA